GCGGCCGCUAAGCGAACCACGCGGCCGCGCCCACAGUACUUUGAACAGCAACUUGCAUGAGAGCUGGCCAGAAUCUUUGGAGAUCGAACUUGGAGGUGGAUAGCAGGUGCAUUCAGGCUGUCACUAUGGCGCUUACCAUUGCUGCAGCACCGAUCAGUCUCUCGGCAGCUGGGUUUCUGGGGAACGGACAAGCUCUGGAAAGUAGGCUUGGGCGGAAGAGUGCCGCAAGCGUUAGGCGCUGCACCGUGUGCGCUGCCGCUAAUGAUAAGAAGGUUGCCCCGGCAUCGCGGAGAGAAUUCAUCCUACAGAGCAGCUCGGCGGCUUUCCUGGCAUCGGUCUUCCACUUUGGAGGCGAUGUUCCAUCUAACCUAGGUUUUCAGCGCGACCCCCCGGGUCUAAAGCUGUGCCCUCCAUCCCCGAACUGCAUUAGCACAUCGGAGGAGGCAAAUGACCCCAGCCAUUUUGUGCCGGCAUGGACCUACAACCCCCAGGAUGGAAGGGGCAGAACAAAGCCAGCUACCCAAGGGCAGGCAUUCCAAGAGCUCAAGGAAGUGGUGACGACCUUGAAACCUGACGGUUUUGAGCCGACAAUCAUCAAGGAGACCAACGACUAUUUAUAUCUGGAGUACGAGUCUUCCUUCUUUGGGUUCAAGGACGAUGUUGAGUUCUGGUUCCCCCCGGGUGACCGGAGUGUUGUUGAGUACCGCUCUGCAUCCCGAUUAGGGGAGAGUGACGGUGACAUCAACAGGAAGCGCAUUAGAGCCAUCCGCAAGGAACUAGAGAAGAAGGGUUGGGAGUCUCUUGGGUUCUAGGGUCGCAUCCAAUUUUGCCAUUGAGAAGCAUCUCUGUUUAGAUUUUAAUUAGGCAGUUGAACGCCACCUGAGCUAGAGAUUGACAGCAAGUUGCCAAGAACAACAACUUGUCAGCGAUCGAUCGGUAUUGCAUGGAUGCUCAGUGAUUGUACGUACGAACAGUGUUUCAUCAAAUGUUCACCUUGAGAACACAGACUCAGGGAUUGGUCGAAAGUAGCGACUGAACUCGAUAUGUGCAGCAAGCCUGCGAUCGACUCAAGAUCUAGCGCCCCUUAUAGCACUGAUACUUGCAACUUGAUGGAG